ACACGGUUCCAAGAUGGGUAAGAAGAAGCAGACGAAGGUGACUAAGAAAGGCGGGCUGAUCUACUCCAAGGCUGAGUGGAAGGAGGAGUACCCGGCGUUCCGAUCCGGAGGAGCAGGAGCUCGAGGUGGAGGGGAUGAGAAUCUGGUGCCGCGCCGACCCAAGAAACUGGACCGCGAGCGCCGCACACGACCGUACUCAGAACCGGUCCUGUCAGAGAUAAACGUAGACGAACCUUACGAUGAGGAGAAAGCGAAGACCCUGGACCGCCCGGGCCGUCCCAAGUCUGUGAUGGUGGGGGGGCCGGAGGGACGGAUGAAGUCCCCCUCCCGCCAGCCGAGUAGGAACCUGCUGUCCUGUCUGCAGAUUCCUGAGGAACUAGACGAGGACGAAGGAGUAGCCCAAGGAGAUGUCCCCAGGAUCGUUGUUGAAGAAGUGGACCAGCCUCCGACAAAACGCGCCCGACAGGAGCCAACCAGGAAGCCCCGUGACAUUGCCAUGGAAACGGACCUGCCAAUCGAAGCCAUUCAUCUGGCGGGUCCUGUAAAACCAGGCAGGGACGCAAAGGGCAGCCCUGCCAAACCUGCAGGCACCGGGAGGGGCGCUGAGGGCAGCCUGGAGCGGCGAGGACCCGGAACCACGGGCAAACCUGGGGAUGAAGGUCGCAGAGGGGGAACUCCAGAGGCUGAGGAGAAGGGGAAGAAGAAGAAGGUGUUUGGAGGUAAGAAGAAGGGAAAAGAAGAUGCAGAGAAAGGUGCUCAGGAAGGCGAGAAGAAAAAGGAGGCAAAGGAGAAGAAGAAGGAGAAGGAACGAAAGAACAAGAAAGCGGCAGAAAAGGAGAGGGAGGGGCAAAGACAGUCUCCUGAAGGAGAAGAUGGAACCCUCCAACUGAGAGAAGCUUCCUUAGACAGGGAUCCGCGGGGGAAACAAGAAAAACUACGAAGAAGCCCUGAAGAUGCAGAUGAGCAGAAACCUGUUCGUGUCGAAGGGUCAGCUUACGCCCCUAGGCCUGGAGACGACCUUGCUGUCACCGCACGACCUGUGGAUGACCUUGCCUUCGCUCCAGCUGACAACAUGGCCGCCGCUCCCUACCAGCAGGAAGCUCAGCUCCAAGCAGCUCCUGCUUUUGCCUCCAGGCCAGAAAUCUUGCCUCCCCGUGACUCUGCUCCGUCCGAUGCCGCCAGGAUGAUCAAAAUCUCCUUCCCAGUGGAGCAGGGGGUCCAGACCUCCCCGAAAUCCCCCCCAACCUCGCCCACAUACCUAAGCCCAACGUCUGCGCGCCCGGCCAGCCCAGAGUCAUCUCCGGAACAUCGCAGGGACGGAGAGAGGGGGAGACCACGUCAGCGAAAAACUCCAGAGGGGGGUCAGCUGGAGGGAGAGUUUCUACGCAGGAGGUCUCCACUGGGGGAUAGGUACAUUGUGGAAAAGGCCAGACUGCUGGAUGCCAACGUGACUCCCACAGACUACGCCAAGAUGGAGGCCGAGCUCGAGAGCCGAGAAACUCGUCCAAACCGCUCCAGCGCUCCCCAUCCCUCCGAAAUCCGAUUCGGAGCACAUGGCCAGGCGGGAUUGGAGUAUCUCGUGAUUGGGGGACUGGAACAUCGCUCGGUUCCCACACAGACCACAAGCAGCGUGUUUUCCCGUCCAUCCUACACCUACACCGACACCACCGCUGAUCAUGCCCCAGAUACCCAUGCUGUGAGGAAGGUCAUCACCAAGGAGAUCUCCGUUCCUUCCUUCCAAGAUGUCGGCCAAGACAUUUCCACAAGCUCCCAAGACAUCACAACAAGCGAAGAAACGAUCACCCAAGAAUACAAGCUCUACUCUUCUUCCUCUUCCUUCAAGACCAUCGAAAUGUACGGGGCAAAGUUCACGCUGGUCGGGCCGACACCCACGGUCGUCACAGAAACCAUGACAACCAGUCACCAUGGCAACGGCCAACCGGAUACAACCGCCCUGGCUCAACCAGGCACCAUGCAGUACACAUCAUCAGGAAGCUACAGCACAUCCACUAGUUACACCAUCCCUGGUGUUGGUACAACCGAUACACAGCACCUUACAACAACCACCUACAUCCCUGGUGUUACAACAUCAGAUACAACCACCAGUUACACCAUCCCUGGUGGUGCUACAACCACCUACAUCCCUGGAGUUACAGCAACAGAUACACAGCAUGUUACAACCACUGGUUAUGUGAGUAGGGCUGCAACACAACAGACACAGUACACAACACCAACCGGCUAUGUGACUGUGGAUGGCAGCCCUGUACAGUACAGCACAUCAGCCAGUUACACCAUCCCUGGUGGUACAGCACCAGACACACAGCAUGUUACAACCACUAGCUACAUGCCUGGUGGUACAACACAAGAUACACAACAUGGUACAAGUACUACAACCACCAGUUACAUCAUCCCUGGAGUUACAACCCCAGAUACACAGCAAGGCACAACCACCACCUACAUGUCUGUUGGUACAACACCAGCGACACAGCAUGUUACAACCACCAGUACCAGUCCACAGUAUGCUGUACCACACACCACUGUAGUGAGGAGAGAGGCUGCGGUUGUAGCAUCCUCCCAGACUGUGCAGAAAACCAAGGCAGCGAAUCGGGAGGCAGCAGUGGUGGAGUCUUCUCAAGACUUUGAGAUCAGACCACUCAAGAUGGAGGAAGAGGUCAGGGAGGAGGUCACGCCAAAGUCACCGGAGGUCAUCGUAUCGAACCUGUCCCCGGUGCGGGAGACUGUCGCGACCUUCGAGCAGCCGUCUGAAGGUCAUGACCCCGGCGCGACCUCCCAGUACAAGCUGAACUACAUGCACUUCCCGGGGAGGGAUACGACCAUCACGGUGGUGAAGCGGCUCUCAGCUGGCCCCACGACCUUGGAGAGUGGGGAGGGGGGCACCGCUGACCUUCAGGCUGAGGUGAAACAGCCCACAGAGGUCGUCUCUGAAACCAAGACUGUCGUGACGGAAAUUAAGUCUGAAGUACGUCGGGAGAGGGUCGCUGAAGUUUCCGCCAUACCUGCACAAGUCAAGGUCACAACAGAUGACCUUCAGGAGACUGCUCCAGCUAUGGAAGCCAGGUACCAGGAGAGGGCAGUUGACGUUCCUCCAGAGAAGGCAUCUGCGGAGGAAGAAGGGACGGCAGACGUGAAAAAAGAAAAGGAGAAGAAGAAGAAAAAGCGAAGCUGGUUCAGAAAGGGUUCCUCCUCCUCAACAUCUGACGACCACAGCAGCGAUGCGGCGGAGAAACCCGUUGCCGUAGCAACAGACGAUGACGGUGUGGAUGCGGGAGUUGCCAUGGCAACCACCAGAGCAGAGGCUGCACCAGAGAGGGGCAUGCUGGGAGUUGAGGCCAGGGUGGAGCCGAGGGAGACCCCGGAAGUCGCACUGCAUGCUGGGAAGGCGGCGGGACGGGGAGGGGCGGGAGACGACCUUGUGGGGAAGGUCGUGACGGUGGCAGAGGUCAAACCUGAGCCUACUGAUGUUCUGAAGGACAAACUGAUGGGAGAAGGGGAAGAAAUGAGAAGUGUGGGGAGAGAGAUAACAGGUAAGGGCAAGUUAGAGGGAAGAGAUGGACCAGAUAAGAAUACUGUAAAGCACACAGAAGAAACAAGUUCUUCCUACUCAGAUAGUGGGAAAACUUUAAGGAUGAUAGGUGAUAUCCUACAGACUAGCCCAGGUGUUCAUAAGGUAUCUAGUGCAGGUGUUUCACAAGUGUCUAGUUUAGGUGUUACACAGCAAUCUAGUGCAGGUGUGUAUAGUGAAUCUGAAGAGGUACAGGUAGAUAACCUUGAGCUGUUGACCUUGGCGGCAGAACAGGCAGCGGAAGAACAUCGCGAUGAUGAUGAUCAAAAUGUCCGCCCUAAAUCUGACCCCACAGUGCAGGCAGUGUUAAACGACAUCGCUCACAGCAUUACACAGCUUCUAGAGGGGGGUACGCAAUACAGCAAUACACAGGGGUCCUCCCAGGGGGACAAACGGGCUGUUCCAUUCCCACCUGAGGGGGUGGAACGGAAUGUUCCACUCUCGCCCGAGGGGGUGGAAGGGCGUUUGUCCCUCGGAGAUGACCAGACUGCAUCCUUCCUUGCAGAUGUGUCCGAAGCUUUGCAAGUUCUGAAAGGCUCCGAGAAAGACUUGACACCUGUCAAUCAACCUGUCAGUCGACCAAUCACAGCCCCUUGUUAUAGCUCACCUGUCAAUCAAAAUCUCAGUCAACCAAUCAGAGCUCCUAUGUAUAGGUCAGCUGGUAAUCAAGCUGUUGGUGAACCAAUCACAGUCCCUAGUUAUAGCUCACCUGUCAAUCAAAAUCUCAGCCAACCAAUCAGAGACCCUAGUUCUAGCUCACCCCCCAAUCAACCAAUCAGAAGCCCAGGUCCUAGCUCACCUGUCAAUCAAAAUCUCAGCCAACCAAUCAGAGCCCCUAGUCCUAGCUCACCUGUCAAUCAAGCCAGCAUCCAGCCAAUCAGAGCAGCUGAAGCCGGUUCAAACCGUCCAGGAGAGCUGACCAUCGAGCUGGAAGGCCAGAGGGCCGCCGUGCCGCUGUCCAGACAAGAUCGGCCGUAUGAGAGACUCAAGAACAUCAUCGAAGCCAUCGACCGAGUUCUGGAGUCGGAGGGGGAAGCGAAGGCCAGCGAUGCCCUGCCCUUGCACCAGGAACCAACCCACGGCGCCGCACACCCGGGUUCAACCCACCCAGGGACCUCCCGGACGAUAUCGGUCCAGACGAUGCAGGCGUCUUCAUCGCUAAGCAACAAGGAGGUGCAGACGGACGAGGAGGUUGAGAGCGAGGAUGAUUUCCUCGAGGUCUGGGCGGGACGCUCGCCCCACGCGCCGUCCGACCGGGUCAUCAUCAGCCGCGUUCCCGCCCGGCGGUCCAGCGAGCGCCGACGGGGACACACCCCGACCCAUGACGACAGGCGACCCACGCUGGAGGAGAUCACGGUGUACCGCGACGGCGGCUGCCAGACAGAGUUUGAGUCGGACCCCGAGCUUGCAAGUCCCCAGAGUGAGGGGAGAGUUCCCCAGGGUCAGGGGAGGGAGCCCGGGGGUCCGUACGAGAAGUGGAGAUGGGAGGAGAUCAACGUGGUCAUCAAACAUCAACAGGGCAGCGGAAAAACUGAUGUGGAGGGCGUUGAGACGACUUGGAAGAGGGUUCCAGACGUGGGAGAUGGAGAAGGAGAAGAGACAACAGGUGUGUUUGACGACAGUUACCGUGCCAAUAACUGGAUCUAUGUAGGCGACGAUGAGGAGCUUCCCUCGGCUCAGUCCACUCCGAAAGGCUCCCCCGUCAUGCACAGCAUGGGGACAUCUACUGAUGAGGAUGACGUGUGUGUGUGUGUGUGUUCGCGCGUUCGUGUGUGUGAGGAGCUUCCCUCGGCCCAGUCCACUCCGAAAGGCUCCCCCGUCAUGCACAGCAUGGGGACAUCCACUGACAAAGAUGACGACCUUACAGGCGGGUUCAGCCGGCGGCAGCCAGGCCGUGAGUCGACGGGCACAACUCUGUCCGAAGCGUCGUUCCGGCAGCGGUACCGAAACGCCAGCCGCAGGAAGAGGUCAGAGGGCAGCAGCUGGAGACUGGCCAACCUGCCGCCCGCAGUUCGUGAGAGGACCAUCCACCUAAUGAAGCAGCCCGGGGUCCAGUUCGGUUUCCGCAUCCAGAAGUCUCGACCAAUCGUCAUCACUGAGGUGGACAAAGGCCCGACAGACCGUCUGACCUUGACUGUGGCCACGACCUUGGGGAACACGCUGCGGGACAUGGGCGGGGAGCCGGUUGCCACGGGUUACCUGCACAAGCUGUCGGGGGGGCGCGUCGGCAAACAGUGGCGCAAACGCUGGUUUGUGCUCAAGAAGGACAACACACUGUACUACUAUAAAACACAGGAGGACAAGGAACCCCUUGGCACAAUUGUUCUAGCCAACUACACGAUUACACCAGCUCACGAGAUCGGGAGGACUCACGCCUUCAAGGCCAGCCGCUUCAACACCAGGACUUACUACUUCUCAGCAGGAUCAGAGGAGGAAAUGGACAUGUGGUCUCAGCUCCUGAACCAAGCAUCUGCACAGUCUGCUAAGUGUUGA